UCUUAUUUCUUGUUUUGGUAGAUGUGUGCGAAAAAAAAUUUGCACAGAAAUAGUUUUUCUCAUCGAAUUUGUGAUGAUAUUAUUUAUAUUUCACAUAAACCUGUGAAAUAUUAAUAUAGUGUUGUGUCUGUCGUGCUUUAAAGAGUCCAAAUUGAAUUAUAUCACCGUGGAGCCCAAUAUUAAUGUGGAAAUGUGCCCGCCGGAGGCUUGGCGCGGCGGGGGCGUCGCCCGCUCGCCUUCCCACGAGUCUGUCACCACGGACCUGUCACUGUUCAGCGUGUCCUCGGCCGCCUCUGACGCGAAGGUGCUCCGGCUACUGGCCAGCAGGGCAGGCCAGGGUCCAGACCCCUCGCUGAGGGUCGCAAGCCCUAAUCCAGACAGCAAAACGCUCAACAGAAGGCCUUCGUCGGCGCUUCGGCUGCAGCCGAGCGACACGUGCCGCGAGGUGCUGGCCGGCUGUGCCGCGCUCUGUGCUCAGCUCGGGCUCCGCCGGUGCUUCAGCGAGUGCGACGUGUCGGCCCCCCGGCCCGCCGCUCUCAGGAGUGCAACAUCAGAGGUGGGUUUGAGCGCCGCGUUGGAGUCCCUCACGCUAACCGCGGCGUCAAGGUCAUGCAGUACCUGGGUGGCUGUAGGCGGGUCACAACUGCCUUCGCCGCAGCGGAACCAGCCUUUACAGCCGACGCACAGGCCCUUACCCGCUGACAACAAAAAGGUCCGUCAGAACUACAUAAAGAGGAGAUUGCUGACAACCUACAGGGCUCUGGAGAGAAUGUCACAGUCGGAUUUCAACUUGGACAAGCUGGAGGCAGCGGCCGCGGCGGGCAACGUCUCUGCCGGUCCCACCACGCUGGUGGUGCCGCCCCACGCCAGAUUUGUACAUCCCGAAGCGGCACAUCUCGCCCUGACCGCGGCCGAUUUGGAGAGGGAGAGAGGGCGGCCCCUGUCCAAAUACGAGAGAAACAUGAUGAUCUUCAAUUGGCUCCACACUUUAGACGAGGCGGCGCCGUUCUAGACGUGCGCCGGCGUCUAUGUACACGAGGAAUCGAGAUGCUGUGAAGAGGAAAAAUACAUAUUUUUUUUAGUUCGCACGCUGUGGCAUAGAUGGCGCUGUGUAAAAUUUUUUUGUAUGUGCCAGUGUUUACGAGAUAUUGAUGAUUGUUUGUACCUUCAUCGUUGUGAUUUAGGUGAUUGGCGCUACUGGAAUUGCUUUAAAAUAGUGUCGCCAAUGUCUACCUAAAGAAAUAGCUAUGAAAAAUACUUUUUAGUUAGACUGCUGUGUCAUAGAUGGCGCUAAAAAUUGCUUACAUGGCAAGAUCGAAAUGAAAUAAACUCAUCAAAUAUUUAUUCGUCGUCGUGACAUGGAGUUGGCGCCAACUGAAAUUGCUCUUAAACUAGUGGCGACAUCUACAAUAACUGGCAAGAAACUAGUGAAGAAUAAUUUUUAGUUCGUACGUUGAGACAUAGAUGGCGUUAACAUAUUACAGUUGCGACGAACAGUGGUAACUUAUCUGAAACUACCGUCAAAAAUAAUUAUGGAAACAUACAUACAUAUAUAAUCACGUCCUUAUACCUUGCGGGGAAGACAGAGCUAACAGUCUUGAAAAGACUGCUAGGCCACGUUCAGCUGUAUUUAUGAUAAAAUUGAGAUUCAAAUAAUUAUUCAUUAAUAAAUAGAUAAAAAUAAUUAUUAAGCAUACAUAAAUAGCUUACAUGCUACAUACUAUCACGUGUUUAUCCCUUACGGGGUACUCACGCCUUGUCGAUAUCCAUGUGGUAUAGAGAAUUCAGGGAAUUAUGCGAAUUUCUAGAUAUCAAUUUAAAAGCUAAGCUAAAUUAUAGUAAUUUUUGAUUAAAAAUAAGCUAUUAACGUUUUGAGCUAUCAACAGUAUAUAAUGUAUAGGAUAUUAUUUUGAAUGAGUUUUUGGAUAAUAGGUUAUUUGACAAAGUUGUAAAAAAUAUCUUAGGGUAUUUAUUUGUUUAUAAAGAGUCCUCAAGAAUACUUUUCUGUCUUUAUUUCAGCUAUUUUAUUAAAAAAUCGAAAAAAGUAAUCGCAAUAUUCAAAUAUGCCGCCAAAUCGCGACUUUUAGCAAUAUGGCCGCCAUGGCAUGCAGUGACGUAGAUUUCGCAUAAAUAUCAUAAGAGCUUGUUGGUGUUUCGAAUAGUUGACUUAAAAGAAAUGUAUAUUUUUAUUACAGUCAAAUAGCCUAUUGUACGUAAAGUCUGAUCAAAUAUAUAUAACAAUCGUGUAUAGAUGAAAUCUCAUUGUAAUUUGUUUAGACAUUUGGUAUUUUUAUCGCUAUUAUAUUUAUAGUAUUAGUACAUACUACUAUCGAAGUAGUAUGUACUAAUACUAAUGUACAUCAGUUUGAAUACUAACCGAUGCUGUUACGGUGAGGGAAAACAUCAUGAGGAAAUCUGCACAUUCAGACAACUGGAUGUGUAACCAUGAUCGAUCCAAUACGGGUUAGGUUCCCCCGCAAAGGUUGCGGAGGUCAGACGGGAGACGCUUCGUGUAAAAACCUGACUCGCCCAAUCCAGGGUCCAUGGUCAAAGGCGCACCCCGGGCUCCUCUCCAGAGAGGUGAGGAUGCAACCGGGACUACAGCCGGGUAGAUGUUGUAACAUUGAUUUUAUCAGACCUGACGCCACAUUUGUGUAACGGCCUCUGUGGCGCAGCGGUAGUACGCUUGUCUGUGACACCGGAGGCCCCGAGUUCGAAUCCCGGCCAGGGCAUAAUGAGGAAAGAACUUUUUCUGAUUGGCCUGGGUCUUGGAUGUUUAUCUAUAUAAGUAUUUAUUAUAAAAUAUAGUGUUGUUGAGUUAGUAUCUCGUAACACAAGUCUCGAACUUACUUCGAGGCUAACUCAAUCUGUGUAAUUUGUCCCGGAUAUAUUUGUUUAUUUAUUUUUAUGCAUUUUCGUAUAAACAGUGGGACAGGAAAAUAAUUAAAUUAAAUGUAAAUAAUAAAAAUUUCCCAUUUCGGUGUUAAAUGUGUACAGUGAAAUGAAGAGAGUGGAAUUUUGAAUAUGUAAGGUGUAAAUACAUUUACUUAUAUCAUUAAAAACAUUAACGAUUGGCUAAGCCCAAUAUUUGUAACUUAUUAUUUACUAGAGACCGCCCGCGACUUCGUACGCAUGGAAACCCUAUCAAUCCCGCGGGAACUCCGGGAUAAAAGGUAACCUAUAUGUUAUUCUGGGUCUUCAGCCACCCACAUACCAAAUUUCAUCGUAAUCGGUUCAGUAGUUUUUGCGUCAAAGAGUAACAAACAUCCAUACUGACAUACAAACUUUCGCAUUCAUAAUAUUAGUAGGAUUUAAAACUUUAUUGAGUCUCAAAGUAACAAUAGGUGGACUUAAUGCUGAUAGCAUUCUCUACCAGUUUUACAACAUUUAGAAAAUAGCAAACAAAUAAAUAAUCUGGAGUAAAUUUGAAGGGAAAGAACAAAAAAAUAUACCAAUGUUUUAUUCAUAGAAUAUACAUAAAUAUUAUCAACAUGAGUAAGAGAUGAUGAAUCAUUCCGCAUUUUUACUGUAUGAAGUAUCAUUAUGACAAUAAAAUUGAAAUACCAUUUCACUUUGUGCGAAAUAUUUAUUUAAGACACUUAGUCUAUUCUCUUUGGUCAAAAACGUAGCGAAAUCAUUUUUGUUGGUUAUUAAUGUUCAAUGUUACCAGUUAAAUGAUAUUUUCUACUCUUUUAAGAUGAAAUUUCAAAUUGUGAGUCAUAUCGAGAGUAUUAUAUAAAUUGAAAUGUAUGUUUCGUGUUAUUGAGGUUUGAUACAUCGGCAAAUGAUUGUUACCAUAUCCAUCACGGGGUAGACAGAGUUAAUAGAUUAAGAGUAUAAUCCGCACUUUGUUAUGAGAAUUUGUUUUUUUUUAAGUUAUUUGACAUAUGUAUUAUCACGUCUAUAUCCCUUACAGUGUAGACAGCGCUAACAGUCUCGAAAAACUGAUCUGAUACGCCACGUUAAGCUGUUUGGCUUUAUGCUAGAAUUGGGAUUCAAAUAGUGACAGGUUGCUAGCUUUUCGCCUAAAAGAAGAAUCCCAAGUUUAUUAGCCUUUCUCUUGGUCGCUUUUUACGAAAUCCAUGGGAAAAUAUGGGGUGAUCCUUUUCUAAAAUACCGGGCACCACACGGCACUUUAGAAUGGCAAGCACGUUAUAAAUAUCUAAUAAAUAAAAAAGAAAACAUACAUUUUGUUGACAGCUUUAGAUAAAAAAUGGCAGAAAACUGCGCGCGAGUCAAAACUGACGACACAUUUAUACUUUUAGUAUAAAUACUUAUUAGUACCUACAAUACUUUCAGUAUUAAAAAAAAUCUUAUUUAUUUUUUUUAUAUAUAGAAUUUUUUUUAAUUGUUAUUAUUCCGAUUGCUAUGCACGAAAAAUAUAAUCACAAUAUUUUUUUAAUAUAAUAUAUAUAUAUAUUUUUUAUACAACUUUCACCCGAUGUUAUCUUACCUCUAAUUAAAUAUCUGGUGUUGUUUUAAUUGAUUUAUAUAAGUAUCUAGUUUAUAAGGUGUGUUUCAUGUCUAAAAUAUCUUGUAAUUAUCAUGAUAACAUUUUAAAUUAUUUUUGCUUAUAACCACAGAAUUAUUGAUAGUACAGAAUGGAUAAUUGCAUCAAUGAGUACCUAAGAUAAAAAAAAGUAUAUAAGUAUCAAAAAGCUUGUAUGAAGAGAGUUAUGAAUGUGGGUGAAGCGAAGGAAGUAUGCAGAGAUCGUGGCAAGUGGAAAGAGGUAGUCUCUGGUUACCCCCUCCGGGAAAGAGGCGUGAUUUUAUGAAAUGUCGAAUGGCGCGCUCUGAUAGUAUAGUAUACUACGUAUAAGUAUAUAUAAGUAAUAAUUUAUAUACAACAAGCCGUGCCCGCGACUCCGUCCGCGUGGAAUAGUUGUUUUGGGCGUCAUGUCUCAAGGAUGAAUAAUUUUCUCCGUUUUUUUCACAUUUUCCAUUAUUUCUUCGCUUUUAAUAGUUGCAGCGUGAUGUAAUAUAGCCUUAAGCCUUCUUCGAUAAAUGGUCUAUUCAACACAAAAAAAAUCCAUCGAACCAGUAGUUUCUGAGAUUAGCGCGUUCAAACAAACUCUUCAGCUUUAUAAUAUUAGUAUAGAUACCUAAUAUUAAUUUAUUUAUAUAUAAUAAUUUUUACUUAUACAGUAUCAACCGCUCAAAUAUUAACCCGGCAAAUAAAAAUUAGACUUGCGUAGGCGUACAUUUAAACAUAUAAACCAAUUUAUCAUGACAAUGUAUUCUCUCGUCCACAUUUCAAUUCUAAUUUCUGAUAUUUGUGAAGUUGACGUUAUUGAAUAAAACGCUGUAAUGCAAAUGUUCAAAUGUCCCAAAAUAGUACAUAUAUAUAAUCACCUCUAUAUCCCUUGCGGGCCAACAGUCUCGAAGAGACUGAUAGGCCACGUUCAGCUGUUUGGCUCAAUGAUAGAAUUGAGAUUAAAAUAGUGACAGGUUGCUAGCCCAUCGCCUAAAAGAACAAUCCCAAGUUUAUAUGCCUAUCCCUUAGUCGCCUUUCACGACACGAAAGAGACGGAAUCUUCCUUUUUUUUAAUUUAUUGGUGCCGGGAACCACUCGGCACAAAAUGAUAAAUAAAAAUUUUGAAUUUGCAUAUCGGUACAUAAAAGUUGUAACAUUAUUCUGUAGCAGGGUUGAUAUAUUAAUACGAGUAGGUAAUAUUAACUUGCCAUUAUUGUUUCGGGUCAUAUCGGUAGGUAUUAAUAAAAAUUCUGUGGUCAUAUGCACUUAUCACUGCUUUCUUGUACCUAAUAGCGUUAAUUUUGCUUGCCUAUAAGAUGUAAAUGAAUCUCAUUAUAAGUUAUAUUUACAUAAAAGUGUUGUGUAUUAUUGUGACAUU